AUGAACUCGAAUAAUUUAUUACAACCCAGUUCAGCAAUGACUACUACGAACACGAAAUUUGGCAAUACACUCACCACUCCCAUGAGUCCGGUGUUCACUUCCGACGCGAGUGGAUCUGGCGGAUCUGCUCUCUCUCAACUACAACCUGGAUUGGCAGCCUCGUUGAAUCCAGAGUCCUCCGAUUCCAUGUUAUUCUAUGCAACACAAGCGUUGGAUAGGCAGAACAAGUUGUUGCAAUUUGUAGAUACAUUCAAAUUUAAUAUAACCGAAUAUGUCAAAAGUUUACAAAGUUCAAAGAAAUCAUUGGAUCCCAUUGAUGAGGCAGUUUCAACGUUGGACGUGAGAGAUCAUCGGGAAUUGCAAAGUUUCUUAUCGUUAAUACAUCAUGCUUCCGUUCAGACGGCUCAUCAAAAUGUAGUCAUGCAAGAGCGACUGGAACGAUUGAAAUCCAAAGAUUUGGAUACUUUUGAAAAAUCAUGGAAACUCAUUCGAGAUUUUACUCAGCAGUAUGUCAAAUCGACCAAAAAGACCAUCAAAAAGAGAAAAAAGCAACCACCUUCAAAGAAUGAUCAAGUGCGAGACAUUAAGGAAAAUAGAGGACUGAAAAAGAAAAUAUAUGAAGGAAUGGAUGAAAUGAGAAGCAUCUUGGAAGAGUAUGUUCAUACACAACUCUUUUAUCACAGCAAGUGUUUAGAAAUGUGGGCAUGUGUAUGGGAAGAAGCCCACAGAAAUCGAAAAGAUGAAGUGGCUCGAAGAAAAGAAGAAGACGAGGAAGAAGACGAACGAUUGUCACAACUCUUAAAAGAAACAUCCUCAGUUCUUGCACAACAAUAA